AUGGUGCAAGUAAGCGAAGUCAAGGACACGCAGGUGACGCGCGAGAGCCGGACUGCAGCCCACACGCAUAUCAAGGGCCUCGGAUUGGACGAAAAUGGCAUUGCAAAGAAAAUCGAGGGUGGAUUCGUCGGCCAGAACGACGCCAGAGAAGCAUGCGGAAUUAUAGUCAAUCUUAUAAAAUCCAAGAAAAUGGCAGGAAAAGCCAUUUUACUUGCUGGAGCUCCAGGAACAGGAAAAACCGCGUUGGCGUUGGCUAUUUCUCAGGAAUUGGGACCAAAAGUUCCAUUUUGUCCUAUAGUGGGUUCUGAGGUUUAUUCUGCCGAAGUCAAGAAAACCGCCACUUUGAUGGAAAAUUUCCGUCGAGCCAUUGGACUUCGAAUCAAAGAAACAAAGGAGGUUUACGAGGGAGAAGUCAUCGAAUUGACCCCGGAAGAAGCCGAGAACCCAUUGGGAGGUUACGGUAAAACCAUCAGUCAUGUAAUUGUGGGGUUAAAGACGGCCAAAGGUACGAAAAAUUUGCGUCUUGAUCCCAGUAUUUACGAAAGUAUCCAAAAAGAACGCGUGGCGGUGGGAGACGUGAUUUAUGUCGAAGCCAAUACCGGGGCUGUCAAAAGAGUGGGUCGUCUGGACGCUUAUGCUACCGAAUUCGAUUUGGAAGCCGAGGAAUACGUUCCGCUUCCCAAGGGUGAAGUGCACAAAAAGAAGGAAAUCGUCCAAGAUGUCACGCUCCACGACCUCGACGUGGCCAAUGCUAGGCCCCAGGGUGGCCAGGACUUGUUGUCGAUGAUGGGACAGCUUUUGAAGCCGAAAAAAACCGAAAUCACCGAAAAGUUGCGGACGGAAGUCAACCGCGUGGUGUCGAAAUACAUCGACCAGGGCAUCGCCGAGCUCAUUCCGGGGGUAUUGUUCAUCGACGAGGUUCACAUGCUCGACAUCGAGUGCUUCACCUACCUUAAUCGAGCCCUCGAAAGUGCCAUUGCUCCCAUUGUAGUUCUCGCUCUGAACCGAGGAUUGACCGCGGUCCGCGGAGCCGACGACGACCGCAAGGCUCCCCACGGGUGUCCACCCGACUUGAUCGACCGGUUGUUGAUCGUAAGAACCAUCUCAUAUAACACCGACGAAAUUCGCACCAUCAUCGCCAAAAGGGCUCAGUUGGAAAAUGUGGUGGUGUCCCAGGACGGAUUGUCCAAAUUGGCACAGAGAGGCAGCGAGACGUCGUUGCGGUACGCGCUCCAGCUUCUUGCUCCUGCUGGAGUGUUGGCUUCGGCGGCGGGAAGAAGUGAGGUGACGGCAGUCGAUAUCGAUGAAUGCGAAACGUUGUUUUUCGACUCGAAAAAACUGCUCAAUGUGUUGGAAGAGACCAGUGGUUACUUGUAG